AUGGCAGCCUGCCUGUGCCAGGGCUGGCAGCUCUCACUGCUCCCUGCCAUUCUGCUCAGCCUCCACAGCCCACCAUCAGCCCCCGAGCCAGUGACAUCCCAAGACGCUGCACUGCUAGCAGGCGUGACCGAGGACAUCCUCUGUUUCUCCCGCUCCUUCGAGGACCUCACCUGCUUCUGGGACGAGGAAGGAACAACAACUGGGAUGUACCAUUUCUACUACCAGUACAGCAGGGAUGUGCCCACAGAGUGUAUGGUCUCCACGUGGCACCAUGGGGCUGGUGGGAAGCGACAUGUCUGCGUCUUCCCCAGCCAGGAUGUGCGGCUCUUUACCCAGCUCCACCUCCGUGUCCUAGAUGCCACCACAAACAAGACGAAGUAUUGGCGGGAGCUCAGUGUGGAUGCAGUGGGUCUCAUUGCUCCCCCAGUGAACAUCACAGCCCGCUGGGCUGGGGCUGCAGGGCAGCUCUGCGUGUCAUGGCAGCCACCACUCGCUGACUUCCUGAACUUCUUCCUCUACGAGGUGCAGUGCUGCCCUGCCAGCUCUCCAGGGAUGCCCUGCAGCACCACACUGAAUCCUGGUGGGCAGCACCCUGGGGACCCCUCCAUCCAGUCAACUGUCAGCACCCACACACCCAGGGCUGGGGCAUCCUCCCCGGCAGUGGGGCAGAGGCUGGUCCAGGCCAACACCUGGGUGGUGCUCCAGGACCUGCAGCCAGGGGUGAGGUACCACAUCCAUGUGCGCAGCAAGCCCGACGGUAUCUCCAUGGACGGCAUUUGGGGGCCCUGGUCACAGGCAGUAGCUGCAGAGACACCCCACUCCUCUGGAGACAUCAGGCUGUGCUGCAGUACCCCUGACCUGCGGCAUGUGCACUGCGAGUGGAGCUGGGAUCCUGCAGAGCCCCACAGUGCCCACCAGCUCUUCUACCGGCCACCUCCAAGCGGGGCUGGCACAAGGGAAGAUGCAUGGCAACAGUGCGAGGAGGUGAGCAAGGGGGCACAGGGCACCCAUGCCUGCAUCUUCCAGCCUAAGGCUGGCAGUGCCAUCUCUGUCCUGGUGAAUGUCACCCGGACCCAAAAGCUGCCCACACUCAGCUACUUCAAGGAGCCCUUUUGGCUGCACCAGGCUGUGCUCACAGAUGCCCCACAGCUUGUGCAGGCGACAGUGUCACAGGGCCGGCUGAGCCUGCAGUGGCUGCCGCCCCUGGAGCUGCUGGCAGAGCAGAUGGACUACCAGGUCCGCUAUGCCAUAGAGAACAGCAAUGACUGGAAGGUCCUGCAGGUUCCACGAGCAGCUAGGAAAGAAGUCCUGGACCUGCGGCCAGGCACCCGCUACCACGCCCAGGUGCGGGCCCAGCCCAGCGGGCCGUGGUACCAGGGCAGCUGGAGCGCCUGGUCCAAACCUGUUGUGGUUGAUGCCGCGGCUGAUGCGGGUAAGGGACAGGGCAGGGCUGGAGGCUGCGGCCAGAGGAGCCGCCCGGCUGAUCGUAGGAGACGGAGAGUCCAGCGUUCCUCUUCCGAUGCAGGCUGGCUCAUCCCCAGUGUUACGGUGGUGCCGCUGCUCUUCUCAGCGGUGCUCUUGGGGCUACGGUGCACCUUCCCCUCCUUCUACAGCAACGUGAAGCAGAAACUCUGGCCGCCCGUUCCUGACCUGCACCGUGCUCUGGGCAACUUCCUCCAGGACAGCGGCAAGCACGGCCAGGCCAGCGCCUUCGACAAGCAGCCGCCAGAGGAGGCCGUCCUGCCCUGCCUGCUGGAGGUGCUGCCCGGCCCGCGGCGUGAGGCGGGCCCGCCGCCGGAGCACGCUGGGGGCCGCCUGUCCAGCACCGACAUCGCCAACCAGUCCUACCUGCUCAUGAGUGGCUGGGAGCCGCGGGGAGCCACUACUGCCCCCACCCCGCCAUAA